AUGGGCCCGAUUAACUUGACUUAUAGUUCCAACUUCCAUUUCAAAGGCCCAUGGCACAGCAAGGUGGCUUCAAUCUCCGCAAUUUCGUCUGCGCGAAACAACUCGCUCAGCAAGUGGGAGUCAGAAAGAAUCCUCAACACUGGAAUGCUGUUUGCUCUCACUGUUACAAGUCUAUUGACCGGCCCCUGGCUUGCUCAAGCAACUCUAGUAGACUCGUCUCAUCUCACCCCAUCACCGCCAUUACUUCGAACUCAAUUGCCAUCCAUAACCCAUGAAUUCAAUGAUCUUCUUUGGAAACGGCAGCAGACCCCUCAAACUCGGAUAACGACAGCUACGCAACCUCAGCUCGCGCUAAUGUGGCCUUCUGCUGCCACCUGGUCUUCACUGUCUCAACCGAUCCAAUUGAUUGCAAAUUGUCCUCCUAUCAGUACUGGCUUCGUUGCAAUUGCCAUAUCCACUAUCCUCGCAUUCAAUGAUCAAUUGAACGUCGUCACGGUUUUCAUCCUACUGUCCGCAAUUUUUACAUUCAUAGCUGGCAUCUUGGAAUUGGCUAAUCUCAUAAGCACGGAAGCUUCUCCAAAUGGAAAAUCACCUAAUACCGCUAUUGCUACGGCAGCAUUUCUCGCCGGUGGAGCUUUGUUCAAAUAUAUAUAUCUUUUUUUUCGGUUCGAGCCAGCAAUGUCGAAUCGCGCGUCUCUAGUGUCAAGACAAGAUAUCAUUCCACCUACUUCUUCCUCUCUGUGGGCCACGCCCAGCUGGGACGGGCUUGGACCUUAUGCAAAAGUAUUGAAAAUUUUGGUCUUGAUGAUCAUCUUGAUUGUUACCAUACUAGAUACUGUGUGGAAGAUUGGAAUUGUAUCUGCUCCCCUGAACUUUUUGCAGUUCUUGAGGGCGUCUGCAGCUUUUCAGAUGUUACUUUUACUCGUACUGACGACUAAGUCUGUUUACACAGUGCUCAUGUUCAAGUCCUUGAUUGUAUCUUCCACAGUCAAAGAACUUGGCCCAGUCCUCAUCGGAAAUGGGGUUGGAUUCGCUUUGCAGAUCAUGGAUUUGGAAAUAACUGCGUUCAGCGAGACGCCACUGGGUCGCUAUAUGACCCUAAUUCAAGUGUAUUUUUACAUCAUCGAUGCUGCUAUCCAUUGCGCUCGCUCAGAAUCCAUUCGGAGAUCAGAUCUUCAAAUAAAACAAAUACCAACCUCCGACACCAAGGGUAUCUUUGCGCUCCCUACAGGAUCUAGCUUUGAAGCUCUUGAAUCAAUGGAUGAGAUCCGGAAUGAGCGUUUGAUCUCACUCGUUGCCGAUUCACCCACUGCACCUGUAUUCAAGAGCCUACCCGAUGCACCAGUAUUACCUGGAAUUUCUACGCUCACUCAGUUGAACACCGACAGAAACACUUCAAAUCUACAGGGGGCAUUGGACAUCUUCCAGAGAGACGGCUUAAUUUCGCCAAGAACGCGAGUCACUAGAGAGGUUUCUAUCACCAUUGCGUCUCCCAUCGCACCAUCGCCUCAAACUCAGGAAGAUAGCCUUCACACGUCCGACACUUCGUCAGUUUUUGGAGAUAGAGAACGACUCAGUCAACCAGAUUAUGCAUUUUAUUCGACACUUGAUGAUCCUCAGAAGCCCAUUAUCUACGAUAGGAAUUCAAAUCUCAACUAUAAUGCAAGCGAAGCGCGAUUUUCAUUCCUUUCUAUGGCAGAUGACCAAGGAUCGAAGGUUAUGGAUGACUUGGGGCCAUUAAACUCAAUUCCUGCUUCAACCAUAUUCUCCAAGUACUACAUGGGAGAGUACGAUGAGGAAAUACCACCACCUCUUCCCACAUUUCGCAUGGUUGAUGGUCAUGAAGGAAACCCAGAGUUUCAAGUUGAAGUAAGAGCUGAUUCAUUAGGACCGCUGCCGUCUUCAAGCUUCCCACUUUUCCCACACCAAGCUGCUCAACCAGCUUUAAGAUCAUUAGAUCUAUCUUCUAUCCUUACGGCCUCCGCACUUUAUUCAAGCCUUCCUUCUUCUUCAUUUUCUUCUAUAUUUCAUCAAGAUGGUCUUAAUCGCCUAUCUUGGGGUAAUAGAUCGUCUGUUUUUGUUGAAUUACCAGUACCACUUCAUUUAAAAGAAAGUGAUACUAUUUCAUCAGUGGUAUUUGAUACGAGGGAAGAAGGGGGUUUCAAUGCACCUACCGAUUCAGUUGCAUUACAACCCGAUAUAUCGAAUUUAGACGCUGAACCUAUCGAACCUCAAGAGCCAGUCCAGUUGACCACCCCUCUGACUAUUUCAAAAAGUGGAGGGAACUCUAUCCAACCCUCUAGCGCAAAUUUUCAGCUGACACCGAUUACGAGACAACCAGCGGAAGAACAGAUUAUAAAUGAUCAGCCAGAGGAAAUCGAACCACGCUUUGGACGUCAAGGAGGCAGUCAAAUAGAUGUGACUAGCUUCAUUGGUGGUCUUACAACUAUGGAAGACGCAAGUCGAAACGAAUCGUUCGAUCCUCCACAAUUCCCACAGUCUCCGAGAAGAGACACAUUUCAAAACUCUUCUUUUGAAAACUAUGAAAUGAGGAACUCGGGUGAAAUUGAAACCCCUCUAACAAGAAACUCCAGUCAAUCACGACUUUCUAGAACUUCAACGAUGUUCACUGCUUCACCUACCUCAUCAAUUCAGAUUAUUGAUUUAAUGGGACACCCAAUCAUGCGAGAGCCUCAAUCUUUAUCUAAUUCUUUGCCGUCUGUAACUCAAUCUUUGACAAAUCAGAAUGAACACAUAACUUUAGAAGGUAAUGAAGAAGCUAUUGAAGAGUUACAAACUGGAUUUUCACCUACAUUUCAAAUAGAUCAUGAUUUACUUGCUAUCUUACCAACCCAUUUAUCUAACUCUAGUUUAUUUCAAAACACUGAAAUUUUUGAACAUCCUAGACCAGCUCCAGUACCAAGAAUCGAAUCAUCUGAGGAUAGCUUACUUUGA